GAGAGAGUGUGAAGGAGUGAUCAUAUCGGGAGAAGGAGUUGCAGGGUCCUGAAGAUGCUUUAGAAACUGGAUUUCUGUGGACAACUUGGGAUGCUUGAGAACUGCCACUCACGGGCCACUUGUUACGCCAAAGACUUUCUGCAGCAUUUCCCAUAAUUCCCUCCUUUUACACAGGGAUUAGGUGACCUUUCUGGUUGUCUAGUUUUGUGUUGUGAAACCAAACCAUACUCUGACUUUUAGGGGUGUGUGGUAGCUCUGGACCAUGCUCUCCCUGUGGUUGUUCCUACUCCCUUGCCUGAGUCUCGUGCCUCUGGCCCCGGCCGAGAAGGGCCUGGAGUUCCCACAGUAUGACGGGAAAGACCGCGUCCUGGACAUCAAUGACAAGAACUACAAGAAAGCCUUGAAGAAGUACAACAUGCUUUGCCUGUUCUACCAUGAGCCUAUACCAGACAGCAAGGAGCUACAAAAACAGCACCAGAUGACUGAGCUGGUGCUGGAGCUUGCAGCUCAGGUUAUGGAAGAGAAGGACAUUGGGUUUGGGAUGGUAGACUCCCACAAAGAUGCAAAGGUGGCAAAGAAACUUGGUCUGGAAGAGGAAGGCAGUGUAUAUGUUUUUAAAGCUGAUCGGGUGAUCGAGUUUGACGGCUUGCUCUCUGCUAACACCCUGGUGGAGUUUUUGCUGGACCUGUUGGAGGAGCCAGUGGAGGUGAUAGGAAAUGCCCUGGAGCUGAGAGCCUUUGAUAGGAUGGAGGAAGAAAUCCGCCUCAUUGGUUAUUUCAAGAGUGAAGACUCUGAGCACUAUGAAGCAUUUAAAGAAGCUGCAGAGCAGUUCCAACCUUACAUUAAGUUCUUUGCCACGUUUGAGAAAUCUGUGGCCAAGGAGCUGACACUGAAGAUGAAUGAGGUGGAUUUCUAUGAGCCCUUCAUGGAGGAGCCCGUCACCAUCCCAGGCAAACCUCAUUCUGAGGAGGAUCUGGUGGAUUUCAUAACUCAACACAGACGACCAACUCUGAGAAAGCUGCGUGCUGAAGAUAUGUUUGAGACCUGGGAGGAUGAUAUUGAGGGCAUCCACAUUGUGGCUUUUGCAGAGGAGGAGGAUCCCGAUGGCUAUGAGUUCUUGGAGAUCCUGAAGGAGGUGGCCCGAGACAACACUCACCUGCCUGAUCUCAGCAUCGUCUGGAUUGACCCCGAUGACUUUCCACUGCUGAUCCCUUACUGGGAGAAGACCUUCAAGGUGGACCUAUUCAGACCACAGAUUGGAGUAGUCAACGUUACAGAUGCCGACAGCGUGUGGAUGGAGAUGGAAGAUGAGGAGGAUCUGCCCAGUGCUCAGGAGCUGGAGGACUGGAUUGAAGAUGUGCUCUCUGGCAAAGUCAACACUGAGGAUGACGAUGAUGAUGAUGAUGAUGAUGAUGAUGAUGACGAUGGCGAUGACGGUGACGAAGAUAGUGAUGAGGAGGAUGAUGGUGACAAUGAAGAUGAUGAUGAUGAUGACGACGACGAUGACAACGAUGAUGACGAUGACGACGAUGAUGAAGAGUAAUUUAUGAGAAUAAUAAAGCUUGACUCCUCAGUCUUUACUCUUGAGGCUGAGUUGAACAUGGACUUCAAACAACUGUAAAGUAACUUUUCACUAAGAAACAAUUGCUGAUGAUAAUAGUGAUAAAAUUAUAAGUCUAUUUAAUAUCCAAAAAUGUAAUUUUUGACAGUGUACAGAAGAAGGAAUGGGUUUUUUUUAGAUUAAAAAUAAAAGAAAUAAGUAUUUCAAUGUCUGGACCAGACAUUUACCUCACAUUACGUGAUAUUCAUUUAUAUAUCUAUCAUUGACUGUUCAUAAUAAAGCACUGUUGAUGUCAACAAUCAUGUCAUCAAAUUAAUUUCUUCUUUUACUCCAGUACACUGUGAAAUCCAAACACUAUACUUUUACUGUGCAAUUUUGAGGUCCUUAAUUUGGGUGUUUUCAUUUAAUACUACCUUAUACCUCUACUCAACCACAUUUCAGAAAGAAAUAUUGUACUUCUACUCCUUUACAUUUCCAGGACUGGUUACUUUUCAGAUUAAGAUUUUACACACACACACACAAAAACAAAAAAAAAAAAACCAUGAAAAUAAAAUGCAGUGUUGUUAAAAAUUAAACCAGUGGUUUCUAACA